AUGUCGGGACAUUUUUUGGACGACGACGCGCGCAGGCGCAGCGCCGAUCUCUUCGUCGCGCUGGCGAGUCGUCAAACGACGUUUGCGGAUGUCAUCAAGGACAAGUUUGCGGACUGGCGACAGCUCUUUGUGGGUAUGAAAUCUUUGAAAAAGGACGAUGGUUCUGCGCUCUCGGGCGUCGCACAACGGUCGGGCGCGCCGUGUGAGUUCGAUACGUGGGGGAGGGAGCGUUCACCGAUGUUUUCCGAUGAGUUCGAGCGGUUUUUAGCGGACGAGGCGUGCGUGGAGGCGUGCGCGGAGGAUUUGGGCGCGUUCGAGGCGUUGCGCGCGGCGCUCGCGGGCGCGGCGAGUGGGCGGGAAAAAACGCCGGUGAAGACGCCAGGAAGUGUGGCUGGUGGCGGUAUUGGUGGCGGUGACGUCGCAUCGGAGGUGGAGCGGUCGUUUCGGAGGAUGAAGACGCCGAGCGCGAGCGCGGCGGAGCGAGACGCAGAGCCGGAGAGUUUCGUCGUGGAGAAGCCACGCGCAGCGAGCGUGAGAGGGACGCUCGGCGGUGCCACGCGCGUGGAGACGGUUGCUGCGCCGACGAGGGAACCGAUGCGCGCAAACGUGACACCACCACCGUCGCGAACGGCUGGGAUGACUGUUAAGAAGUCACCUCCGCCGACGCCCAUGCCUGCGCAAUUGUCGCCGCCGCAGAGCGAGUACGCCAACACGACGCCGACGAUCGGGGACGAGGCACAUGUCGAGCACCUGAUGUCGUACUUGACCGGAUUUCACGGUUUGCUAUUUGGUUUGAAGGAACAUGUGAAGCGCAUUCGCGAGGCAACUGUUGAAAACGUCGCGCACGAGCUUGCUCGAACGGACGCAAGACUGGAUACGGCGAUAGCGAGACUGGAAGCGGCGAUGGGCGUCGAGUCCGGUCGGUGA